AUGUCCGUGCAACCGUCUAUAGCUUCUUUUUUCGGUAAACGAAAACGUCUCGUAACUGAUGAUGUAUUUAAAUCUAAAUUAAUUAAAACGGAAAGCACAUUUUUGGAACAAACGGAAAAUUAUGCUUCUGAUGAGUAUGAUCUCAAAUCUGCAAAAAGUGAUAAAUUAAAAAGUGAACAAAUUAAAUUAAAAACUUUUAAAACACCAGAAAAAACUCCAGUGAAGAAAAAAAAAGCUAGGCAAUUAGAUAUUAGAGAAUCUCUAAAAAAAGCUGAAUCUCCUCAAAAAGUUCCUUUAACCGUGGUAUCUCCUGUCAAAUUUCAAUUGCUUGGUAGUCUUUCGCCCACAAAAAAGAGUAAAACAAGCAAAAAUAAUUACAAUAAUUUGCUGGCAUCAUUGGAAGAACAUGAAAACUGCAACGUUAGUAAACCUGAAAAUUUUUCAUCAACUAGUAAUCCUUCUGUUAAAAAUCUUCAAUUCAGUGAUAGUAAUAAUGAAUGUCCCACCGAAGAUAUUAUAAAAUCUGCUCAAGAAUUUGGUAUAUCCUUGAAAGGAAUCAAAGAUAAAAUUAACAAAAGUUCUAAAUUAGUCGAAUUACAAAAGUCUAUUAAUAAAAUUAAUCAACAUGCUGAAGAAUUAAUUGAAGCAGAAAAGAAGAAGUUAAUUGGAACUCUGCCUAAAAUUUCAAAAUUUAAUAGUUUUGAUAUUGAAGUACCAAUCAGCCCUAGAAAGCAUUUGCAGAGCAGCCCUGUCAAACAACAAAAAAGUCCUCGGAAGCCAGCUUAUGAAAGAUUUGCUAGUUUGGUAGAUUCCACCACAUCACUUCCACUACCUUUUGGAUAUCAAAAACUUUAUGAAUUAUUUUGUGCAACCGAUACCAUUUGCUCCAUGAUAACAAACAGAGGAGAACUUUUAACUUUUGACAAAUUGAAACCUGCUGUUGAGGAAAUGACGAGGAAAACUUUUACAAUUCGACAUCUUGGACAGAUAGCAACAGUAUACCCUAAUGCCUUUACAUUUAGUGUAGAAAAAACUAAAAAUUAUGGUUUUACUUCUAAAGUUGACAAGUAUGAGUUAGUUAUUACUCCCAAUCUGCCAGAAAAUUCAACUCUUGCUCAGGGUAACCAAGUUUUAAAUAGUGAUAAUGUUUUUAUAUUGUCAGAAAAAAGAAUCAUGACUCCUAAAGUAAUGAAAGCUCGAAAAGAUAUUUUCUAUAAAAAUUUACUUGAGAAAACGAAAGACUACCAUGAGGAAUUCCUUAAAACACUUGAUCAUCCCAUAACCAUCAAUAGAAAUGAUCUCAAACGAUGGCAUCCGGAAUUCAUGUUGGAUUUCGUACCUGAUGUGAAUCCUCAAGAACUUCCUCAACCACCAAACUCUGAGAGGCCACCAUCUGCAAAAGAAGUUUUAGAUCGUGCUAGAAAUUUCCUUAGUAGUAAUGUAAGAGUACAAAAUGCUUUGAAAAGUGUUGCCGAUGGUAAAAGUGAAAAAAUUGAAAGCGAUACACCCGAAAUAAGUCCGGAAGCGAAGGCGAAAAUCGACGCUAGAUCAACAAGUGUUUUAAAAGGAAUUCCGAAAUCAUUAUUAGAGAAAGUCAGAGCAAAACAGGCCGCAAAAGCUCUCGACGUAAUGAGAAUGACUCCAGAACAAGAAAAGGAAACUGUUAUGUAUACAAGAUUGCCAGAAAUAGCUAGAAUAAUCAGGACCACGUUUGUCAACGAGCAAAAAGGAGUUCUCCCGUUGGAGAUUCUCAUGGAAAAAGUACAAUUCAGUUACAAUACAAGUAUAAGUUUGAGCGAAAUAGAAAAUCAUAUUAAUCACAUAACAAAAAUUAUUCCCGAUUGGUUGUCGAUCGUAAUUAUGAGAAACGUUAAGUUUGUUAAACUAAAUCGAAAAUUUGACGCAGCUUCCGCCAUGGAAAAACUUAAAAAGGUUGUCGAAGAGAAAACAAAAAUGAUAAUAAAAUAG